GACUGCAGGCAGAGGAAUCACUCCUGGACGCAGGCCCCAUCAUCAUGGGCAGCCCAGAGGGGCGCUUCCAUUUCGCCAUUGACCGAGGAGGCACCUUCACCGAUGUGUUCGCCCAGUGCCCAGGUGGGCACGUGCGGGUCUUGAAGCUGCUCUCAGAGGAUCCUGCCAACUAUGCAGAUGCACCCACUGAGGGCAUUCGCCGAAUCUUGGAGCAGGAGGGGGGUGUGCUGUUGCCCCGGGACCGGCCAUUGGACACCAGCCGCAUUGCCAGCAUCCGCAUGGGCACCACCGUGGCCACCAAUGCGUUAUUGGAACGUCGAGGGGAGCGGGUAGGGCUGCUGGUGACAAAAGGCUUCCGAGACCUGCUGCACAUUGGUACCCAGGCCCGUGGGGACCUCUUUGACUUGGCCGUGCCCAUGCCGGAGGUGUUGUACUCGGAGGUGCUGGAGGUAGAUGAGCGCGUGGUGCUGUAUCGCCGCGAGUCAGGUGCUGGCACACCUGUCAAAGGGCGCACAGGGGAUCUGCUGGAGGUACAGCAGCCUGUGGACCUGGGAGACCUGCGGGGGAAGCUGGAAGGGCUCCUGGCCCGAGGCAUCCGAAGCCUGGCCGUGGUGUUCAUGCAUUCCUACACGUGGGCUCAGCACGAGCAGCAGGUGGGCGCGCUGGCCCGGGAGCUGGGCUUCACACACGUGGCGCUGUCCUCUGAGGCCAUGCCCAUGGUGCGAAUUGUACCUCGGGGGCACACAGCCUGUGCCGACGCCUACCUCACGCCUACCAUCCAGCGAUAUGUGCAGGGCUUCCGCUGCGGCUUCCAAGGCCAACUCAAGGACAUACAGGUGCUGUUCAUGCGUUCGGACGGUGGACUGGCACCCAUGGACGCCUUCAGCGGCUCCCGAGCUGUCCUCUCAGGCCCCGCUGGGGGUGUGGUUGGCUAUUCAGCCACCACUUACCGGGCCGAGGGGGGUCAGCCGGUCAUCGGGUUUGACAUGGGAGGCACGUCCACCGACGUGAGCCGUUACGCUGGAGAGUUUGAACAUGUCUUUGAGGCCACUACAGCUGGCCUCACCCUCCAGGCUCCACAGCUAGACAUCAACACAGUAGCAGCUGGUGGGGGCUCCCGCCUCUUCUUCAGGUCGGGCCUCUUUGUGGUGGGGCCUGAAUCUGCUGGAGCCCACCCUGGCCCUGCUUGUUACCGCAAAGGGGGCCCCGUGACACUGACAGACGCUAACCUGGUUCUGGGUCGCCUGUUACCUGCUUCCUUCCCCUGCAUCUUUGGGCCUGGAGAGGACCAGCCGCUGUCCCCCGAGGCCUCCUGUAAGGCUUUAGAGGCUGUGGCUACUGAAGUCAACAGCUUCCUGGCAAAUGGGCCCUGCCCUGCUGCCCUGCUGAGCCUGGAGGAGGUAGCCAUGGGGUUUGUGCGGGUGGCCAAUGAGGCCAUGUGCCGGCCCAUCAGGGCACUUACGCAGGCGCGAGGCCAUGACCCCUCGGCCCAUGUGUUGGCCUGCUUCGGGGGAGCUGGCGGGCAACACGCCUGUGCCAUCGCCCGGGCCCUGGGCAUGGACACCGUACAUAUCCAUAGGCACAGCGGGCUGCUGUCGGCAAUGGGGUUAGCUCUGGCAGAUGUGGUCCACGAGGCCCAGGAACCCUGUGCCUUGCCCUAUGGCCCUGAGACCUUUGUGCAGCUGGACCAGAGGCUGGGCCGUCUGGAGGAACAGUGCGUGGAUGCUCUGAGGGCCCAGGGCUUCCCCAGGUCCCAGAUAAGCACCGAGAGCUUCCUACACUUACGCUACCAGGGUACCGACUGUGCGCUGAUGGUCUCUGCCCACCAGCAUCCAGCCACUGCCCGCUCACCCCAUGCCGGUGACUUUGGGGCAGCCUUUGUGCAGAGAUACAUGAGGGAGUUUGGCUUCGUCAUCCCUGAGCGGCCAGUGAUGGUGGAUGAUGUCCGGGUGAGGGGCACUGGCCGCAGCGGCCUUCGCCUCGAGGAAACCUCCAAAGUCCAGACUGGGCCUCCCCGGGUGGACAAGAUGACCCAGUGCUACUUUGAGGGGGGCUACCAGGAGACCCCCGUGUACCUGUUGGGAGAGCUGGGCUUUGGGCACAAGCUCCAGGGGCCCUGUCUCAUCAUCGACAGCAACAGCACUAUCCUGGUGGAGCCAGGCUGCCAAGCGGAGGUGACAGAGAUGGGAGACAUCCGGAUUUCCGUGGGAGCCGAGGUCCCCAGCACAGUGGGUGCCCAGCUCGACCCCAUCCAGCUGUCCAUCUUCUCACACCGCUUCAUGAGCAUUGCGGAGCAGAUGGGCCGUAUCCUGCAACGCACAGCCAUCUCCACCAACAUCAAGGAGCGACUGGACUUCUCAUGUGCACUCUUUGGGCCAGACGGGGGGCUGGUCUCUAACGCCCCUCAUAUCCCAGUGCACCUGGGCGCCAUGCAGGAGACAGUUCAAUUCCAGAUCCAGAAGUUGGGGACUGACCUCCAUCCUGGCGAUGUGCUUUUGAGUAACCAUCCCGUCGCAGGGGGCAGCCACCUGCCAGACCUGACUGUCAUCACACCGGUGUUCUGGCCAGGCCAGACUCGGCCUGUGUUCUAUGUGGCCAGCCGCGGGCACCAUGCGGACAUCGGUGGCAUCACACCAGGCUCCAUGCCUCCCCACUCCACCAUGCUGCAGCAGGAAGGCGCUACUUUCCUGUCCUUCAAACUCGUCCAGGGGGGCGUUUUCCAGGAGGAGGCUGUGACUGAGGCCCUGCGGGCACCAGGCAAGAUCUCAGGCUGCAGUGGGACCCGGAACCUCCAUGAUAACCUGUCGGACCUCCGUGCCCAGGUGGCAGCCAACCAGAAGGGCAUUCAGCUGGUGGGGGAGCUCAUCGGGCAGUAUGGGCUGGACGUGGUGCAGGCCUAUAUGGGCCACAUCCAGGCGAAUGCUGAGCUGGCCGUUCGGGACAUGCUUCGUGCCUUUGGGACUUCCAGACAAGCCCGGGGCCUACCCCUGGAGGUGUCAGCUGAGGACCACAUGGAUGACGGUUCCCCAAUUCGACUCCGGGUGCAGAUCAACCUGGGUCAGGGCAGUGCGGUGUUUGACUUCAGUGGCACUGGGCCUGAGGUGUUUGGCAACCUCAACGCCCCUCGGGCCAUCACGCUCUCUGCCCUCAUCUACUGUCUUCGCUGUCUGGUGGGCCGCGACAUUCCUCUCAACCAGGGUUGCCUGGCACCAGUUCGAGUUGUGAUUCCACGAGGCUCCAUCCUGGACCCGUCCCCUGAGGCGGCAGUGGUUGGCGGCAACGUGCUGACGUCACAACGUGUGGUCGACGUCAUCCUGGGGGCUUUUGGGGCCUGUGCAGCUUCCCAGGGCUGCAUGAACAACGUGACCCUGGGCAAUGCCCAUAUGGGGUACUAUGAGACAGUGGCAGGUGGUGCGGGCGCGGGUCCCGGCUGGCACGGGCGCAGCGGUGUGCACAGCCACAUGACCAACACGCGCAUCACCGACCCCGAGAUCCUGGAGAGCCGGUACCCGGUAGUCCUGCGCCGCUUUGAGCUGAGGCCGGGCUCUGGAGGCCGUGGCCGCUUCCGGGGUGGUGAUGGCGUCAUUCGUGAGUUGCUCUUCUGUGAGGAGGCGCUGCUGUCGGUGCUGACGGAGCGCCGCGCCUUCCGGCCCUACGGCCUCCACGGGGGUGAGCCGGGAGACCGAGGCCUCAACCUGCUGAUCCGCAAGGAUGGGCGCACUGUCAACCUAGGUGGGAAGACGUCGGUGUCUGUGUACCCUGGGGACGUGUUCUGUCUCCACACCCCUGGUGGGGGCGGUUACGGAGACCCCGAGGACCCAGCCCCCCCACCAGGGUCGCCCCCACAGGCCCCAGCCUUCCCGGAGCGCGGCAGCGUGUACGAGUACCGCCGGGCUCAGGAGGCUGUGUAAGGCUCCCAUUAAAGAUGCUGAAG